AUGGGUCCCCUCUUGCAUCUAACUGCUGUGUGGCUAGGGAUAAUCAGCAUUGUGUUGGUCUCGCCUGGGGAUGCCUCGCCUACAUCCGCUGUCAACCCCGCGUCAAUCGCUGCCGAUCAACUAGCAGUCCCCUUAGAACCCGCUCUAACGACGCCGAACGGCACUAUCAUCAAAGUGGUAGCAACUAACGAUGACAAGCCCUCCCUUGAACAAAGCUUCCUCUACAACGCAACCAACUUCAACAUCAAGACCAGACCCCGGGACGCAAUACCAACAUCUGCCGACGAGAAGACGCUCCUUAAAAUCCGCAAUGAGGAGUCAGUUCUCAAAAAGCGCCGCGAAGAGCAGUAUGCACAUGCUCCCAUGUCAGAUCAAAUUUCACGCUUCAGACGGGGACCUAGGACGCCUCUCAUAAAAAGAGCUAAGGCCAAGAUGAUGAUUGUGGGAGACAGUAUCUCACAGGGCAUGGAAGGAGAUUGGACCUGGAGGUAUCGGCUCUGGGAGUGGCUCGACAGCCAAAGCGUAGACUUUGAGUUUGUCGGUCCCUGGAAGGGAACUCGUGAGCCGGCAAACCCGGCACCGCCCGCAAGGCCCCGUAUGGAAGGGGAUCCGCUGCCCGACGAGCCGCCUAUGGUCUAUGGAGGCUACGCUGACGACGUUAACACUCGAUUCCAACAAUCCCAUUUCGCACUAUGGGGUCGUCAAGCAGCACAGACUAAAGGGGAAAUCCAGAAGAUGGUAGCAGACUAUCAGCCAACGCAUCUCUUGGUUUUACUUGGCUUUAAUGAUCUUGGGUGGUUCGUCACCGGCCCCGAUGGAACCCUUGCCAGCAUUAAGUCUAUCGUCGACAAUGCUCGUGCUGCGAAUCCGAACAUUAACAUUAUCCUUGGUGACGUUGUACAGCGGAAGGCCAUCAGCAUCCGUGCAGAUCUGCCUAAGAUUACCGAUGAGUAUAACGCACUAUUAAGAGAUGCUGUGCCCAAGUGGAACACUCUAGCGUCACCGAUAGCAAUGGCGUAUAUUCGCGACACCUACAGCUGUGAAACGCAGGCCUGCCCUUCAGGCUAUGAUGGAUUACAUCCGAACGCCCGGGGAGAGUAUCAAAUUGCCCGUGCAUUCAGCGUAGCACUUUUCUACGGAUUUGGGAUUGGUGCAUCUCCCCUCUCGAUACCUGCGAACUUUCCAGGCAGAGAUACUCCGGUACCGUUUAAUGUAGUGGCAUCCGCCUCUCCAUAUGGAAUUACAGUUACAUGGACCAGAAUUUAUGGAGCGCGAAAGUACGGUGUAAGAAGCAGGUACUGGGGCCUUACGGAUUGGGAAGAGAGUUCCGUCCUUACUAAUCGAAUUGAUAAUACGUGGGUAAUAAACGGUUCGCACUACGAAUAUCAGAUCCGUGUCGAUAACGAGUUCGAUGGAACGUCUGACUGGUCUGAGGUAGUUGAUGCAGUUGCUGACCCGGAAACGAUUAGAGGUCCAUCAAUCAUCAAGACUUUGCCUACAGCAACCGGUGCCCAAGUAUCCUGGAAUGCUGUUGAAGGGGCGGAAUUCUACGUUGCCCUUCUUUUUGAUUCCAAUACACCUGGAUCGUGGUUAAGUGAAGUUGUGGUCAAGGGCCUAUCAUACACUUGGGAAGCGCAAAAUGUAGGUCGUCGCCACGUUGUUGCUGUACAGGCCUGGAACAGUGUCGGCGGUGGCCUCCCUGCUGUAGGCAGAAGUGUCAUUCCAGGAACCGCAGAUAAUGUAGCAGCACCUACCUCUCUCCUAAUUUACUCGUUGGAUCCAACUACAGUGAAAGUAUACUGGUGCGGCGAUUGCAAUCAAACUUCAUACGUUCUUUACAUCCGCUCCCUUAAAACGGAUCUAACACAGCUCGGCGACUGGAAAGGAAGCAACGUUAGUGCAAGUUCCUCAACAACAAAUGUUGCUUCCGCUGAAGUUGCUUUCUUGUUUCCUGGUGUUUGGAAUUACGAGUUCGCUGUCUCUGGUCUCAAUGGUGACCUCGAAUCACCUAUGUCAUACGGACUUCAAGCCGCCCAUCCUCCCGAUUCAGUUGGAAGUGGUAACUGCGAGAAAUACUGUAUAAUGGCGCUGCCUGAGCCUGAUCCUGUGCCCGAGACAAAGCCAGGCACACUUCCCUACAACCCCGUGCUCGGCGGUCCUGAUAGAGACUUGUCCGACCAAAUAUGCGCUAUGACAUGGCAGACUACGAAUCCACCCACCUUAGAGAAGGCUAUUAUCGUCAGUAAAACCUGGUCGGACAGUCGUGCUGGCGAGUAUCUGGACGCCUACCUCAUGAAACUCGAUAACUCUAUCGACAAAACUGACGACUGGUUUGUACCCUUCGUUAAACAAUCAAUUCGCUCUUGUUCCGCUCAAGAAAAUGGCGGCACCACCGUCGACUGCGGCUUCAUCGAUGCGAGUUCCUGCACAAUAGAUGCGUCUCCUAAGUGCAGCGAUUACUGCCCACCAGAAUCGAUGUUCAUCCAUGCUUCUGUUGUUAACUUCUUCACGGCCUACAAGAACUUCUACCAAGGCAUAACUCAACAUACCUUGGUUACACUCGCCGCCACUGUGACUGAUAUCUCUAAUACCUUUGCACCUAUCGACACCUCGGUACAGACACUAUUUUCCAUAUUAGGGGGUGUACUAGGAACGAUGUCCUCCGUAGGGUGGCUUGUUGGCGCUGGAUAUAACAGUGCCAACGCAGGAGGAGCUGCAAUCUCUGUUAUUAGCGGCUUGAUAUCUAACACUCAACUUAACGGUGCCGAUCAAACUGACGUAAAGGCAGAGCUGUCAACAAUCCUUGGAAGCACCUUAGAGAAGGUCUUUGGUAAGAUAAACGAGACCGUCUCUAACAUCGUCAAUCCUGGAGAGGGCAAAAAAAACAACACAUUAAUCGAGAGCGUGUUUGCAAACGGCGCGUUUCUCAAUAAUAAGGCUAUAUCUUUUUCUGUCAACGCGAUGAUCGAAGUCUACAAUAAUACCAUGAACCAAUACCUCGUUGUCACUGCCAUGAAAUCAUGGUCAACUGAAGGUACAUAUGGGCGAGGAUACGCCAUUUUGAGUAACGAUGGUGACACGCACGGCUACGGCGACGAAGCGAGCUGUAUUGCUAUUGGGAACGAAGCCAUGAUUUGGUAUAAAAACUCUUGCGUUGGGUUUGGCACAUAUGCGAAUCUCCUACCCGGUAAUACAGCGGUUACAUAUACAGACUUCCUAGACAGCGGUAUGAUUACCGAGCUGAAAAAAUACGUCCCAGACCUUCGGCUCGCUAUUAUCAACAGCUGGGAAUGUUACGUGGACCCGAGUAAAAAGGAUCCCGAAACUGAACCCGGUACAUUUGACUUCACUAAUUUGGGCAGUUAUCCACCUUGUUUCUUCGAUCUUGGAGGUAAAUACAUCCAUCCAACGAACUUCGGUUGACGUGGAUUUGUAUGUUCCUAAAUUCCGAGAUACUUUAUUUUCUAUCAGAACAAUUUCUAUUGCCGUUUAUAUUAGUUUACUAGAGCUUCUUCGCUGGUUCUCUUAUUUAAGACAG